GCACGACUUCCCCUUCCGGCCAGGACGUUACACAUGUGUCCGCCGCCCUGCGCGCAGACCUACUAGGAUGACCACGCGCUGCGGUUUCGCGAGUCGCCAACCAGAACCGUGAGCAUCGUAAACAUGGACAACGCCGCCGCCGUCACCGCGCCGCCGCGCCUUUCGCGGAACCCUGACGUCACGGCUUCACACACGCGGCCCUGUUUUCCCUUAUACACGCUCCCCGAUAACCGAAAGGCUUGCGACUGUAGGAUAGGCCGAAGGUUACGGCGCGGAGGAGGAGAGCCGAUAGGGACCGGAACCCGCCGCCCGCUAUAAAGCCGUGUCGUUCCGCCCGGCGAAACGGGAGAGACGUACGGGCAGCUCGUGGUGGUGCAGUGUGUUGAGUUGAGAUGCAAAUAAGCGUGUUGUGGGCAGCGGCGGCGGCGGCGCUGGCGGUGCUGGCGGUGGCGGGGGCGGCGAGGCUGCCUGCGUCCGAGGAGGCCGCCCCCGCUUUCAACCCCCCGCCGGCCCCGCCCGUGGCCGUGGCGUACGCCCCCCGCGCCCCGCCGGGCAAGGCCGGGCCGCGCUACUCCGCCGAGAGGGCCAGCCCCGAAGUGGUCGUCAGAAUCGAUUGGGAAGAAAAUGUCCGAUCGGGCAGAAAAUGGAUACCCUCAACAUCUGCCGAGAAAUCUGGAACUAAACCAGGAAACACAGUGCUUCGUGCGCGCUGGUGGCGGGCGGCGCGGGCGUUUCCCCCGGAAGUGCCGCUCGCCUCCGCCCGCGCGCCCGCGCCCACGCCCGUGAUCUUGGCCGAGCCCCACCCGCUCCCUCUUGACACCAUCAUCAACACCCCGCCCUACAUGCCCAACUGCCCCGAGGGCCAGAAGGCCGACGCCGAGGGCAAGUGCCGGGAGGUUUGGAUGAAAAUGGGCAGAGAGACGACGCAG